GUCACCACACUGUGUACAUCGGUGUGCGUGUGCCCAAGAGCUCCCGACGUCGGCGCCGUCACCGCCGGAGAGCCGGUCACAAGGACAGAAAAGAGAAAAUGACAGAAAGCACCUUUGACAAGUCGGACACAGAAACCACGGAUGAAGCCAGCAGCAGCAGCAUCCUGAAACCACUCAUCUCCCCAGCAGCUGAGAGGAUUCGCUUCAUCUUAGGGGAGGAAGAUGAUGGACCAGCUCCCCCCCAGCUCUUCACUGAGCUGGACGAGCUGCUGUCAGUGGACGGACAGGAGAUGGAGUGGAAAGAGACGGCCAGGUGGAUCAAGUUUGAAGAAAAGGUGGAAAAAGGAGGUGAACGYUGGAGUAAACCUCACGUGGCAACGCUGUCGUUACACAGCCUGUUUGAACUGAGGACAUGCAUAGAAAAAGGCACCAUUAUGCUGGACAUGGAAGCUUCAACUCUGCCACAAGUUGUUGAGAUGAUCACUGACAACCAGAUUGAGAUUGGCCAGCUGAAAGCUGACCUGAAGGACAAGGUGAUGUUCACCCUGCUACGGAAACAUCGCCAUCAGACCAAGAAGUCCAACCUUCGCUCCCUGGCUGACAUCGGCAAAACGGUCUCCAGUGCAAGUAGGCUGUUUUCCAACCAGGACAACGCUCGCAGUCCUCAGGAGAACUCUGUGACCUGUCUGUCAGGUCACAUCUCUAUGGAGGACUUGCACAACCAGAGGAGUACCAGCAUGGACUGGCUCAACAGUCCCAGCACGGCUCACAGGAACCUGACGUCCAGCAGUCUGAAUGACGUCUCUGACAAACCAGAGAAGGAUCAGCUGAAAAACAAGUUCAUGAAGAAGUUGCCGAGAGACGCGGAGGCCUCCAAUGUGCUGGUGGGGGAGGUGGACUUCCUGGAYGCCCCGUUCGUGGCGUUUGUUCGUCUGCAGCAAGCCGUGAUGUUGGGCGCGCUCACAGAAGUCCCAGUUCCCACCAGGUUUUUAUUCAUUUUGCUGGGACCCAAAGGCCAGGCCAGGUCUUACCAUGAGAUCGGCAGAGCCAUCGCCACCCUGAUGUCAGAUGAGAUUUUUCAUGACAUUGCAUACAAGGCGAAGGACAGACAAGACCUGCUGGCUGGGAUCGAUGAGUUCCUGGAUGAGGUGAUUGUACUUCCACCUGGAGAGUGGGACCCAACCAUCAGGAUCGAGCCCCCCAGAUCCAUCCCUUCUUCAGUUAAAAGGAAGAACCUGUUUGCAGGAGAUUCUCAGAUGAACGGAGACAUGCCUCAGGAUGGAGGUCAUGGAGGAGAAGGACACGCCACUGGAGACGAGCUGAAGAAGACUGGCAGGUUCUGUGGGGGUCUCAUACUUGACAUAAAGAGAAAAGGCCCUUUCUUUCUCAGUGACUUCACUGAUGCGUUUCACAUUCAGGCCCUGUCGGCCAUCCUUUUCAUUUACCUGGGAACGGUGACCAACGCCAUCACCUUUGGAGGUCUACUGGGGGACGCCACAGAAAACAUGCAGGGUGUGUUGGAGAGUUUUUUAGGGACUGCCAUUGCCGGGGGUGUUUUCUGUUUGCUGGCUGGUCAGCCCCUCAUCAUCCUGAGUAGCACCGGUCCUGUUCUGGUCUUUGAACGACUGCUGUUCAACUUCAGCAGAGAAAAUGACUUUGAUUACCUGGAGUUCCGCCUGUGGAUUGGUCUGUGGUCAGCUUUCCUCUGCCUGGUGCUUGUUGCCACUGAUGCCAGUUAUCUAGUGAAAUAUUUUACCCGCUUCACAGAGGAAGGCUUCUCCUGUCUCAUUAGCUUCAUUUUUAUCUAUGAUGCCUUUAAGAAGAUGAUUAAAUUAGCUCACCACUACCCCAUUAACUCUGACUUUAUGCUGGAAAACAUCACACAAUAUGAGUGUCUCUGCAUGGCCCCUACAAUCUACGAAAAUGAAACCAGUGUAAUUGGUGAUUCUGUUGAAAGUGCGAUUUGGUACUUUAACAACACUGGCCUGCCUCUUAAUGCCACAUGGUCAUCACUCACAAAGUCAGAGUGCUUACAAUACAAAGGAGAGUUGGUUGGAGACGCCUGUUCUUACGUCCCAGACAUCACCCUCAUGUCCUUCAUCCUCUUCUUUGGUACCUACACCACAUCCAUGUGUCUUAAGAAGUUUAAAACGAGUCCAUUUUUCCCCACCACUGUGAGGAAACUCAUCAGUGACUUUGCCAUCAUCCUGGCUAUCCUUAUAUUUUGUGGAGUUGAUAUUUUUGUGGGAGUUGAUACUCCUAAGCUUAUCGUGCCAAAUGAAUUUAAGCCAACAAGUCCACACCGAGGCUGGUUUGUGCCCCCAUUUGGAGGAAACCCAUGGUGGGUUUACUUGGCCUCCUCUCUUCCUGCUCUUCUGGUCACCAUCCUGGUCUUCAUGGACCAGCAGAUCACWGCCGUCAUUGUCAACAGGAAGGAGCACAAGCUAAAGAAAGGAGCUGGCUACCAUCUGGAUCUGUUCUGGGUGGCCGUUCUGCUGGUGGUGUGUUCCUUCAUGGGUCUGCCAUGGUACGUUGCAGCCACCGUGAUCUCCAUCGCUCACAUCGACAGUCUGAAGAUGGAAACRGAAACGUCUGCUCCAGGAGAGCAGCCCAAGUUCCUGGGUGUGAGAGAGCAGAGGGUCACUGGUGUGUUGGUCUUCAUCCUGACCGGACUUUCUGUAUUUAUGUCUCCAAUUUUAAAGUUUAUUCCCAUGCCUGUGCUGUAUGGAGUCUUCUUGUACAUGGGAGUUGCUUCACUCAACGGAGUUCAGUUUAUGGACCGUCUCAAACUGCUGCUGAUGCCGGCCAAACAUCAGCCAGACCUGAUCUACUUACGACACGUUCCGCUCAGGAAGGUCCACCUGUUCACCUUUAUUCAGAUCCUGUGCCUGGCUCUGCUCUGGAUCCUCAAGUCCACCGUAGCUGCCAUCAUUUUCCCUGUUAUGAUCCUCGCUCUGGUUGCUGUGAGGAAAGCGAUGGACUACAUGUUCUCCCAGCACGACCUCAGCUUCCUGGAUGAUGUUAUUCCAGAGAAAGACAAGAAAAAGAAGGAGGAUGAGAAGAAGAAGAAAUGUGACACCAUAGACAGUGAUGCUGAAGAUGAGAGAAGCCCCACUCAUUCCUUGAUCGACACACAUCAUGCUAAGCAACUUCAGUACUAUCAGGACAUCUACCUGUCCAGAUGUGUGUGUUUCAGCCCUGAGUUGACUCCACUGAAGUCUGUGCCUCAGAUCCGGAUCGACAUGGACCCAGAUGAUGAGAAUCCAUUUUACUGGAGGAGCCGAGGAUCUGAAACAUCUCUGUAGAGGAUCCACCGGCACCCUGCACUCUUUUGCUGACUUUAAAUUAGACUAACUAUCAUUUCCUUUUUGAUUUAAGACUCUGUUUGGAAUCAGUGGGACUCAUGGGUGAAGAAAGGGAACAAAAGAUUUUUUUUAUUACAAAUACAAGUGUUGUUUUAAGGAUUUCUGUUGCAGCUUCAUUGUCUUGUUCCUGCUCAUUUAUGCAACUGUGAUGACAGUGAAAUGCUGCAGAGACCCUUUUUCUACUCAGAUAUCAUGUUUCUGCAUUUUUUAUAUCAGCUGAAUUACUCUAAUAUUAUUUUCCUGUAGCAGGAAAGAGUUGGUUUAUAGUUCUACCUCUGUUUUAGAUUUGAUGCUUCUAAUGAAAAAAGACAACAUGAUGAUUCUUUGUGAACUUUGGAUAUUUUAUCUUUUGGUUGGGUUCAGAUAAUUUAAAGGAUUUGUUUUAUUAUAGCAUGUAAAGGAAAUAAAAUAGAACUUUAAGAGAAUUAAUGUUAAAUUAUAGGUGCACAGAUUUUUAUUACCACUGUUUGAUGCACUUUUGAUUGUUUCACCUUCUAUCUGAUGUAACUGUUCACACGUUCACUUUAAAACUUGGAAACUAACGUGAAUUUUCAAUUAAACAUGUAGUUUAUAAUAAUUCAUUUUGUAUACAUGUUGCUCCCUUUCUCUUGGUUUUUGUUUUGGGCAGAAAACUGGGAUUUGUUCACAUUAAACCUGAGCAAAGUGACCCACAGGACCUGA